UUAAAUCAAACUCGCUCUCGCUCACUUACAGUGCGCUAGUGUCUUGUGUUUGCGCUCGUUUUAUUUUGUAAAAGAAUUUGCAAUUAUGUCUGGACGCGGUAAAGGUGGCAAAGUCAAGGGAAAGGCAAAGUCCCGCUCGAACCGUGCGGGUCUCCAAUUCCCCGUGGGUCGUAUUCAUAGGCUCCUACGCAAGGGCAACUAUGCCGAGCGAGUCGGUGCUGGCGCUCCCGUUUACCUCGCCGCCGUGAUGGAGUACCUGGCCGCUGAGGUUCUCGAGUUGGCCGGCAACGCUGCCAGAGACAACAAGAAGACCAGAAUCAUACCGAGGCAUCUGCAGCUGGCCAUCCGCAACGACGAGGAGUUGAACAAACUUCUGUCCGGAGUCACAAUCGCCCAGGGCGGUGUACUGCCCAACAUCCAGGCGGUGCUCCUGCCCAAGAAGACCGAGAAGAAGGCGUAAACAUUUACGACACCUUCGUCACCCUCACCGCCACCGUGCGUGUUGUUGUUGUGUUUCGUGUUGCGUACCUUGCCGCUGUUACGCUACAUAUAUGCUGCCGACGCACAACGGCCGGUGGUGGUGGUGAUGAUGGACGAUGCACUGCGCCGCCGUCACUCAUGGCUGAUGGUGAUUUUAGAAAAAAGGCCCUUUUCAGGGCCGCAAUAUGAUUCGAGGAACAAUAGUAUAUGUUCGUUUCUGUUGAUACGACAACAAAGAGUUCGAGGCCCGGUAUACAUACAUACAUCAUGACGUAUUAUUUAUUUAUUUGAUUGAUUGAUUAUCACACAUACACGAUAGGUAUAGGUACUAGGUACUAUCAAUAUAGACACAAUAAAUAAAUAAAUA